AUGGGACCGAAGAAGUCUGCGCCGGACGCAACAGCAUCUCGCCGCAUCGUGUUCUUCCACCCCGAUCUGGGAAUUGGUGGGGCAGAACGACUCAUCAUCGAUGCUGCCGUGGGGCUGCAAGAGCUGGGCCACAAGGUGACAAUUUUCACAUCGCAUUGCGACCCCCAGCACUGCUUUGAGGAAGCGCGUGACGGAACCCUCGAUGUCCGCGUGCGUGGUAACACAAUCUUUCCUCCUACCAUCCUAAAUCGCCUCCAUAUCCUCCUCGCAAUUCUUCGGCAGAUCCACCUCGUGCUUUCAGUUGCAUUCUUCGGAGAUGAACUCUUUCAGAUCCGGCCCGAUGUGUUUAUCGUAGACCAGUUGUCCGCCUGCGUACCGCUGCUGCGAUGGAUUUGCUCCGAUCGCCAACGUACCCUAUUUUACUGUCACUUUCCAGAUCAAUUACUCGCAGACAGAAAAAGAGGUGGUAUAGCAGGUCUGGUCAAGGCUGGCUAUCGUCUCCCGUUUGACUGGUUCGAAGGUUGGAGUACUGCAGCUAGCGACAAGAUUGUUGUCAACUCCAACUUCACCAGGUCGAUCGCCUCAAAAGUCAUCCCGGCCAAAGGGCCUUUGACGGUCAUCUAUCCCUGCGUGAGCUCGGAUUCUCGGCCGGCAGAGCUCUCAGACAAGCCGUUAUGGGACGGCAAGUUCAAGCUCUUGCUCAGCGUCAAUCGUUUCGAGCGUAAGAAAGACAUUGGGCUUGCACUACACGCCUACAACGGCCUGACUGAAGAAGAGCGACGGGGUACAAGACUGAUCCUUGCCGGGGGUUACGACAGUAGAGUCGCUGAGAACUUGCAAUAUCAUCAAGAGCUGGUGCAAAUGGCCGAAGAGAUGGGCCUCAUCGCAGCGACCGUAAAGACAGCGCCUACCGCGCUCGGCAUAUCCGACGAUGUUGAGGUACUCUUCAUGCUCUCGAUCCCAGGCGCUUUCAAAGCGACUCUGAUGUCGCAGGCAACAUUGCUACUCUACACACCCGUCAACGAGCACUUUGGCAUAGUGCCCGUCGAGGCCAUGCAGCACGGCUUGCCUGUCUUGGCCUCAAACACUGGUGGUCCACUUGAGACGGUUGUCGAAGGUGAAACUGGUUGGCUGCGAGACGCAAGCAAGGUCGAGCAAUGGACACAAGUUAUGAGGACUGUGCUCGUGAGUCUCAGUCCCAAGGCAUUCCAGCAGAUGAAGGUCGCAGGGCAACGGCGGGCUAGUGAGAAUUUCACGCGGGUAAUCAUGGCGAAAAAGUUCGAUGCCGAGAUCAAAGCCAUGCUAGAAUCGAAGAGAAGUGAUUUCGUUGAACGUCAACAGAUCUUGAUGGGUGUUGGCUUGAUUGCCGCAGUUGCGGCCGCACUCAUUGCGACCAUCGUUGGCGCAUAUGCAGGGAAACCUGUAAACAGGCGAACAACGGAUUUCGCAAGAGCGAAAAGGACGGACACCGGACGACCGUCAUAUAUGCCUGUUUCAUAG